AUGGCUGCGACGGCUGGAAGGCUUGAGCAGCUUCUAUCGGCGACAAUGGUGGCGACGCCGGCGAUGGUCGCCUUGUUCGUCCCCUUAAUCGUGCAGCCGAAUACAGUCGUCGUGCAGCGGAGCCCGGUCGCUCCCGCGGAGGUCCUCUCCUCCGCCUCUGCAGCGCCGGCCUCUGUGGCGCCGGUCUUUCCUUCCGGCCGCAUCGACUCUCCUGCUGUGUCAAAAGCGGAGCUGCCCGCUGCCCGCCUGGCCUCUGCGCUGCGGAGCUCGCAGCAGGCACUGCGGCAGCAGCAGGAGGCCGCCGCCACCGCGCUGCGGCAGCAGCAGGAGGCCGCCACGACUGCGCUCCGGGAGCAGCAGCAGACGGCCGGCGCCGCGCUCGCGGCGUCGCGGAUCGAGCUCGAGAAAAGUCUCAAGGAGGCGCCACCGGCGCUGGAGCGGUCGAUCCGGGAGGAGGUUGCGCCCGCCGUCGAGCGCUCCCUCAAGGACGCGGCGCCAGCGCUCGAGCGCGGCCUCAGGCAGGACGUGGCGCCUCUGUUCUCGAGAGCGGCGGCCGAGCUUCCACCGGCGAUCGGGCAGGCGGCCUCGCCGCAGGUCGCAAAGGGCCUCGCCGCAGCCGGCGGGACACUCUGGACCUCGGCGCAGCCGGCGGCGAGCGGUGUGGCUGCGGCGGCGAGGCAGGCCGCAGAGUCGGGCGCCGCGCAGGCCAACGGCGCGCUGCAGCGGGCGGUCGCGCCGCUCGCGGAGAGCGAGGGCGGGAAGGCGGUGGCGGGGCAGGUGAGGGCGGUGGUCGAGGCGGCG